GGGGUGGCGGCGGGCGGGCCCCGAGGCCUGGGGCGUUAGGACGGGAACGGGCCGCGAGCUCGGCUGACGCUGCUGCAUCACGGGAGGCGCAUGGCGGGCAUGGCGCUGGCGCGGGCCUGGAAGCAGAUGUCCUGGUUCUACUACCAGUACCUGCUGGUCACGGCUCUCUACAUGCUGGAGCCCUGGGAGCGGACCGUGUUCAAUUCGAUGCUGGUUUCGGUCGUGGGGAUGGCCCUGUACACUGGCUAUGUCUUCAUGCCCCAGCACAUCAUGGCAAUACUGCACUACUUUGAAAUUGUACAGUGAUGAAGAUGUGACCAGGACCCAGAGGUUCCUGGGAGAAGAUCCACUGUGUGAAGUUGGAAUGAGACCUCAUCAGAUGUCAUAAGAAACUCUACUGGAUGUCAACAUAACCAACCUUAUAAAUACAAAGACUGAAAUUCAUGAGUAGAACAGGAAAUCAUCCUGACUCAUGUGUUGUGUUUUCUUUUUAAUUUUAAAAGAAGCUCUUAUAUUGUAGUUUUGUCUAUUUUAACAUUGUAGUCAUUUGUACUUUGAUAUCAGUAUUUUCUUAACCUUUGUGACUGUUUCAAUAUUAUCCUGUAAAAGCUUUUCUUAAUGUAACUUUGAGUACAUCUUAAUUGCCUUCUAUUUUUAAAACCCAAGGUCAUUAGUUGGGCUUUACUGUUCUUGCUAUUGUAUGGCAUAUACAUCUGCCUGAUAUAUUUCUAUUCUUGACCAAAGUUUUGUAAGAUCAAUACACGAUUUGGGGAUGGGGGGGAGGAUAUUUUGAGAACUACUUAAAAAAGACUUAUAUGUAAGCUUGAGCUCAGGAGUACAGUUUUAGCUCUCUAGACUCUUAGAGCUUUUGCUCUGAAACUAUUCAAGUGUUUCUUAGUAACGAAAAAGCAAAGAUCUUGCUAAAAUUAAUACAAGGAACAUUUCAGCUUUUAAAUAUUUAAUUCUUAUGUGGACUUAUUUCUAGCCAACUUUGGUGAUGAUUCUUGUGACCGUGGGUGGUUAGCAGGAUUAUGUAAUGCUUAGAUGUACUGUAGAGCUUUUAAUAGAAGGCAUAUCAGUUCUUCUGAGGCACUGUUAACAGUGUAUGUACUUAAAAUGGAGCUUCAUGAUUGUAACAGGUGCUGUGAAAUGCAUAUACACAUUGUGGUAAGAUGCGAUGAGAUGAAUUGUUCAAAACCAUAGCAAAAGGAAAUGUACACUUGGUUAAAAUCCUUUCCCUCUUUGUAUUUUUUUUAAAAAAAUUUUUAUUCCUUAGAUGUAAAAUGACUACCAAUUUUUUUUUUUGAUGUAAACUCAUUAAAUUCAAAGAGAAA